AUGCCAGUUAUACUUGAAGAUUACCAAAAAAACUUCUUAGAACUAGCCAUAGAAUGUCAAGCUUUGAGAUUCGGCGAAUUCACUCUGAAAUCAGGCAGAAAGUCACCAUACUUCUUCAACCUAGGGCUCUUCAACACAGGUAAAUUGUUGUCCAAUUUAGCUACAGCCUACGCCAUCGCCAUCAUCCAAUCCGAUAUAAAAUUCGAUGUCAUUUUUGGUCCCGCCUAUAAAGGUAUUCCAUUGGCCUCUAUUGUCUGUGUCAAAUUGUCCGAGAUCGGUGGUUCGAAAUUCCAAGAUAUCCAAUACGCUUUCAACAGAAAGGAGGCUAAGGAUCACGGCGAAGGUGGGAACAUUGUUGGGGCAUCCUUGGAAGGCAAGAGAAUCUUGAUUAUCGAUGACGUCAUGACUGCCGGCACUGCUAUCAACGAAGCAUUUGAAAUCAUCAAGAAGGAAAAGGGACAGGUCGUUGGAAGCAUCAUUGCUUUGGAUAGACAGGAAGUCGUAGACUUAGAAUCCAAGGACCGUUUGAGUGCCACUGCUGCUGUUAGUCAAAGGUAUAACAUCCCAGUCUUAAAUAUCGUGUCGUUAUCUCAUGUUAUGAGCUAUUUGGAGACUAGAAUGGGUUCUGAAGAAAAAAAUAAAAUCCAGGAAUAUCUUCAAGUUUACGGUGCUUGA